UUAAAGUUGUUUGAGAGGAAGGAGGUUAUCUGUACGCCAACUAACUGCUAAGAUCUGUUUAUUUGGUUUACAUGCAUAGGCUAAGACAAGGCAAACUAUAACCCAACAAUCUUUGUCUUGGAACUGUUCAUUUUGUACCCUUUUCUUGGUUUUGUCUCCCAAAAGGUCAAUAUAAUAGUAAGUCAUCAAGCUCUGUCGGAUACAUGUCGACUUCAACAGGUGCAGUAGCAAUUGAAAAGCAGAUGGUACCUGAAAAUGAAGUUCAACAGGUUGAAUUACUUACUGGGGUCGAGGAUUUACAUGGAGGAAUCACUCUAGACAUGAAUAAAGCUAUGGAUUCUGAGGCCUUCGCCUCUUCACUUAGAGCUUCAAUUUCACCGUGGAAGCAACAAGGGAAGAGGGCGGUUUGGAUUAAAGUGCCUACUGAACUUGUUAAUCUGGUUGAACCGGCGGUUAAGGAAGGAUUUAGAUACCACCAUGCUGAACCAGACUAUUUAAUGCUUGUAAACUGGAUCAGCAACUCUACCAAUACUCUUCCUCAAAACGCUUCACAUCGUGUAGGGAUUGGUGCUUUUGUCGUAAAUGAUAAAAGAGAGGUGCUUGUAGUCCAGGAAAGGAAUGGCAUUUUCAAAGGCACAGGUGUCUGGAAAUUCCCUACCGGAGUUGUUAAUGAGGGUGAGGAUAUUUAUAUGGCAGCAAUUAGAGAAGUAAAAGAAGAAACAGGGAUCGACACAGAAUUUGUGGAAAUUUUAGCAUUUAGGCAAAGUCACAAGUCAUUCUUUACAAAAUCGGAUUUGUUUUUUGUUUGCAUGUUACGUCCACACUCAUUUGACAUCCAGAAGCAAGAUAUAGAGAUUGCAGCGGCCCAGUGGAUGUCACUUGAGGACUAUGCAGCCCAAGCUUUUAUCCAGAAACAUAGUGUCUUUAGUAGUGUUGCCCAAGUAUGCAUAACAAAGUUAGAGAAGGACUACGCCGGGUUUUCCCCAGUUCCUACGACCACAUCUUCUGGUAAAACUAGUUACCUAUACUUCAACAGCGGAGAUCUGAACCAGCUAUAAGCUGCAGUAGCAAGGUCAUUACUAAUGAAUAAGUCUGAUUGUGCACAUGCAAAAGCUGAUACAACAGAAACUCAAGGUCAAGGAUAAAGGCCAAGAGGGAUAGCUAAUAUAUAAUUUACACCAAAGACACACACCGUGUUUUUCAUUCCAUAUCCUGUUUUUGUUCCUUAAUAAAUAAUGUAAUGCU